UCCAGAGAGAAGACAUCAUUCUUAUAAAUCUUAGAAGAUCUCGCAUUGUCGGAGGAAAGCAUCGAUAAUACACCUUGAGAUCAACUUCACUUCCCUUGUUGCUUUUGCCAGGACGAGACCAGCAAGAUGAAGGCCGUCAAAGUCGUCGGGUACCAUGAGAACCUCAAGAUGGAGGAGCAGGAGCCGGAGCCGAAGAUCGAGGGCGCGCUCGACGUGAUUGUCAAGAUUGGCGCGGCGGGCGUGUGUCGAACGGACAUUCAUAUUCUCGAAGGACAAUGGGAAGCCAAGUCCGGCGUGACGUUGCCGUAUACUAUUGGACACGAGAAUGCCGGGUGGGUGCAUGCUAUUGGCGAUGCGGUGACGAAUGUCAAGGUUGGGGACAAGGUCAUUCUCCAUCCGCUCAAUACUUGCGGGCUGUGCAAGGCGUGUCGACUUGGUGAUGACGUGCACUGCUCCAAUGGCACUUUCCCGGGCAUCAAUGUCAACGGAGGGUACGCGGAGUAUUUAAAGACGGGUGCUCGCAGCUGUGUGAAGCUUGACGAUUCUCUGGAGCCUGCGGACGUGGCUGCCCUCGCCGAUGCUGGAUUGACGGCGUACCAUGCGGCGGCCAAGGCGGCCAGAGUGCUCCGCCCGGGUCAGGUGUGCGUGUGCAUUGGAGCCGGCGGACUCGGACAUAUUGGAAUCCAGGUGCUGAAGGCCAUCAGCGGAGCCACGCUUGUGGUCGUCGAUCAGAACCCCGAAGCUCUCAAACUGGCUAAGCAGCUCGGCGCGGACCACACCAUCGAGGCCGACAAAGAAGGCAAGUUUGUAGAAAAGGUGAAGGAGUUGACGGGCGGACAGGGCGCCGAGGCCAUCAUCGAUUUCGUGUGCGAGGGCGGGUCGAUGAAGACGGGCAUCCAGAUGCUGCAGCGCGCGGGCAACUACUACAUUGUCGGCUACGGCGAGAACCUCGACAUCCCGACCAUCGACAUCAUCUCGACGGAGAUCAACUUUAUCGGCAAUCUCGUCGGCUCGUACAAUGAUUUGCAGGAGCUGAUGAUCCUGGCGGCGCAGGGCAAGGUGAAGCUGCACACGGCCAAGUACAAGCUGAGCGAGUUCCAGCAGGCGAUUGACGAUUUGUCGAAUGGCAAGGUGCGUGGACGGGCCAUUUUGAUUCCUUAGGCCAUUUCAAUGCAAGGUACAUGUAGAUAGUGGGGGUUGGGGGGAAAGAGAGGUGGAUUUUAGACACAAGUGAUCAAGUAUAUAUCAGCCCUGUUCGAAAUGCCACCAAGGUUGUCUAUCUUGUGACAUCCAUUCUUCUUCAAC